GCUGCCCCCCCCCCCACGCUGAGCCUCCAGCAUUUAUAACGGUGUUCAACGGAUAAGCGGCGUUUCCGGCGCGGGGCGCCGCACUCCGAGGCUCGCUCCGUGCCGGGGGUCACCAGGGCAGAAGUGUGAGAACCGCCGAGCCUGGCAGCCCUGGGCCCGUCGUGAGGCCGCGGCGCUGCCCCGUAGGGAAGGCUGGAGCGUGCCCGAGGGACGAGCGGCCAGCGAGCGCCACAUGGCAGCGCCUUGACAGCCAACGCCUUGGGCAGGGCAAAUUCUCCUGUUACAUGGGAAGGGGUGAUCGCCGCGGGGCCUGUGUCCGGUACAAGCCUCCGUCUACAGAGAACAACCCCACGCUGGAAGAUCCCACUCCAGAUUACAUGAACCUGCUGGGGAUGAUUUUCAGCAUGUGCGGCUUAAUGCUUAAGCUGAAGUGGUGUGCUUGGAUUGCUGUCUAUUGCUCCUUCAUUAGCUUUGCCAACUCCAGAAGCUCAGAGGACACCAAACAGAUGAUGAGCAGCUUCAUGUUGUCUAUCUCUGCUGUGGUGAUGUCCUAUCUACAGAAUCCCCAACCCAUGUCUCCGCCUUGGUGAAGAGAUUACAGCUCAUUGCACAACUCCUUCUUGCAAAUCCCAGAGAGACGCUGUCGGCAGAGAGGAAGGAUUCACACGCUAGAACCAUCUGUUUGUACAAGCAGUGUGUUGUAACACUCGGCUAUCAAAAUAAAUGGGUUGUUGCUGUAGGA